UCUGUGUUUUUAAAACUUUUGCGGUUGUGAAAAGGAAAAAGUUUUGCUUAAUUUUUUGUGAUUUUAUCAUCCACACAAAAAGUUCCUUAUUAAAAUAUAUAAAAAACAAGUAAUAAGCAAUGAUAAGGGAAGAUGAUUUUGACGAGGAAACAUCUGAACCGACGACAUCUGUCCAUAAAGAGGAGGAAGCAGUGAUUUUGAUUUCAAAACCCGAACUUAGCUCUCAAUCAACCAUCGAUGAAAAUAUAAUCUCGCUUGACCAUUCGUUCGGGUAUGAUUGUAAGAAAAUGUAUAACCUCGUCUUGAUUGAUUCCAAAACGUUAGUAUUUGCAUCAGGAAAUUUGAUUCACUUUUUCGACAUCGAGUCUAAAACAGUUCAUGUGAGACGUUCUGCAUGCGGUGGUGGCAUCGGUUGCAUAUCUAAAAAUCCAGUCUAUAAGCAAUUAUUGACAGUAGCAGAGAAUGGAAAUAGACCAACAAUUUUCAUUUAUAAAUAUCCCGAAAUGGAAAUUCAAUCAACGUUGUUGAAAGGAACAAAACUUCAAUACUCAAUGGUUGAUUACACAGCAGAUGGUGAACUUUUAGCAUCUCAAGGUGGCUCACCCGAUUUCAUGCUCACAAUAUGGGAUUGGAAACGAGGAGAAAUUAAAUUGCGAACAAAGUCAUUCAGUAACGAUGUUGUCAAUUUGAUGUUUUCACCUUACAUCCCUGAACAGCUCACGACAUGUGGAUUGGGACACAUAAAGUUUUGGAAAAUGUCACAAACUUUCACCGGAUUAAAAUUGCAAGGAUUGAUUGGACGUUUUGGGAAAACAGAAAUUUGUGACAUUUACGGCAUGUGUCCAUUGCCAGAUGAAAAAAUUCUAUCUGGAUGUGAGUGGGGUAAUGUUUUGGUAUGGGAAGGUGGUCUUGUAAAAAUGGAAGUUUGCAGAAAGAAUCGUCGACCAUGUCAUAAUGGUCCAAUAACACAAAUUUUUAUGUAUAAUAAUGAAGAAGUUAUGACUGUUGGAAGUGAUGGAUUCAUUCGUAUAUGGUAUUGGGAAACGGUAGAAUUAUCCGACCCAGCAGAAGAUGAUCGAGUCGUAGAAAUAGAGCCAAGUCAUGAAUUUCGUAUCGGCACGGGCAGUUAUAGUGCACAGCUACUGAAAGUUGUAAAAUCAGAGGAUGAAAAUAACGAAUCAGCAAUAUGGUAUGCACAAGAUGGUAAUGGUGGUUUGUGGUGGUGCGAUUUAUCAACAAUCAAGCGCCCGCUAUUUCCACGGCAGUUGUUUCGUUGUCAUGCGGGGGAAAUUGUGGCUUGUGAUACCAGUUCUGUGGCAAGCCUGAUAUGUACUUUAGGCGAUGAUGGUCGAAUUUACAUUUAUAAUUAUUUAGAGAAGAACUUGAUAUUCCACCAUCAAUUUUUGGCUCCAGGUUGUGAUAUGAUUUGGCUGCCAGUUUCAGUUGAUCCAACCGCAUCGAUCCUUGUUAUUGGUUUUGCCGAUGGCGUGCUGCGUAUCGUUUCAUUCAACGAUAAGGAACUGGAAAUUCAAUUUAUUCAAGUAAUAAAAUGCCAUUGUAAUUCAAUAACAAAAAUUUCAAUGAAUCCAAAACAAACAAUUCUUGUUAGUGCAUCCGAUGACUUAACAAUAUUUGUACAUCAAAUUGCACGAUCUAAACCAUUCCCAACAUUAUUGCCAAUUGGUUUUAUUCGUGUCGAUUCACCCGUUACAUGCAUAAAUUGGGAUUCACACCGAUGGUCAACCGGUGUAUUUGGCUGCAGAUAUGGUGAUUUUAUUGAAGUUGAUAUACCUGAACAACCACAAGCGUACGAACGUAAUAGCUACUACCUUGCAAACGUUCCAGUUAAACGCUUUAAAUUCAAAUCCAUAAAAUCAUCAAUAAAAAGAAAUGAGCAAAUUAAAGAGCUCGAAUCGAAAAAGGAGCAAAAGCGUCGAUUGAAAUUGAAAGAACUGGAAAGAAUAAAAAGAGAAUCGCCAGAUGAAAAAAUCAAUGAAGAGGAAUUUCUUGCUGAAUCAGAUGAUGAGGAAACGCUUAAAGCAAUUCACAUUCCCGAUCCGCCUAAUAAAAUUUUAUGGAUACAAUAUACAAAGGAUGGAACAUUUUGGUUAUCACUUGAUGGAUACGAUGCAGGCUAUGUGUACGAAUAUUGUAAGGAAAGUGGCGAAUUGCUUUCGUAUACAAAAAUUCCAUCAGCAGAAAAUGACGCAAUUUAUUCGUUCAUCCAUCGCGACGAAUAUUGUAUUUUUGGCAUGAGCAACGGAAAAAUACGCAUCAAUCGAAUGUCAAAUGGAAACUGGCGUGAUUUAUCUAAUUAUUGGGUCCUCAGCAUGCAUGAUAAUUUUUUUGGCAGUAUUCCGGCACUUCGCUUCAGCUACGACAAUAAAUUUCUCUUCUCAAUUGGCACUGAUGGAAAUUUAUUUGCAUACAAUUGGAAUCUGCCAGUAACUUAUGUUCAACCUAGUCAACCGACACCAAUACCCAAACUUGUUGCAAUUGUCCGUGAUAUUGACGAUCCAAAACAUUUAUCAUUAGAACAGCAAAAAGAACAAGAGAAUGAAGAACAACAACUGAAAUAUUCAGCUGACAAGAAGGAUAAAGUUUUAGCAACUAUUGCCAAGUUGAGAAAGGAAUUCGAAGAGAUUAUGAUGAAAAAUUCACAACUACCGGAGUCUCAAAGACUAACCCCAGCUGAUUUAGCUCUAGAUGAUCGCAUUAUCGAUGACCUUCAGCAAAAGCUAGACAUUCAAAUGGACAUCGUAAGACGACAAAAGGAAUUCGAUUUUGAAAAGGCAAAACUUGCUGGAAAGAAGCUUAUGGAACAUUUCAUAGAGCCAAUCAUUUAUCCUAUUGAAGUUAUAGGUAUUAAGAAUGGAUUGUCUGUGUUUUCUUUUCGCAUUAAGAAACUUGGAAAGGAAUUUUACAAUUUGAAAGAAGAAGUUGAGGAGAAACUUGAGGCUGCCUUAAAGAAAAAAAGGGUAUAUGAGGACUAUGUAGAGGAUAGUUAUUCAGAAAGAAUGCUUGACACAAUAGAAGCAAGUAUAAGAACACUAGAUACUGAAUCAGCAAUCCCGACAAUUGAGCCCUUCUUAAUUGGUCUUAAUGUAUCAAAUCUUGAUGCUAAAUUGGAAAGCAAAAUGCGUCGUCUUCUCAACAAAUAUCGUGAAAGAAAGGCAAAGGAACUGGCUCGUAAGAAAGAAUGGGAGACCGUUCAUACAGAACAUCCUAAUCCCGACAUGGAUCAUCCAAGCGAUAUUAAAAUGAUGGAUGAGGCAAAACGAACUAUAGGAGAUUAUAAACUUAAAUCAGAUGCUGAUUUUGAGGCAUCAGAUGAACAGCGUGAAACAGUUGUGUCAAAGCUUCAAGAGAUUGUAAAGACGCGAGAGGAUGCAUUUAAUAUCAAAAACAACUAUAAUACAAAAAUCUUUAAUAUGCGAGAGAAAAAGAAGGAACUAUAUCACUAUGUGCAGCGUAAAAUGUCAAAGCUUUCAGAAAUUCAUUUAGAAAUUCCAGAGAGUCAACGAGUAACGCCAGACAUUUCCGUAACAUUUAACUUCGAUCGAGAAUUUCCCGAACGUAAUUUAGAUUUACGUAAAUAUUUAACACCCGAGACAUAUGUUACAGAAUUAAUGGAAUCAGCGAGUUGUCGUACAGCAACACUUACGCCAUUUCAAAUUGCUGAAAAGAAUCUCAUUGAAUUGCAACGAAAUGUUCUUCAACCAUGUCCAUCGGUUGACGUACAGACAAAAUUUGGAUAUCAAGUGUCUGAUAAAAUAAGUUUAAAGCUUUUAAAGAAACUCGAUAGCGUCAGUGUUGACGGAAAAGCAACAGAACUCAGUGAUUGGGAAAAUGAACUCAUGAAUUUACGUACACGCCGUCGGAUAUUUGAGCAGAAGAAAAUUAUCAAUAAAAUCAAUGCCCGGAUUGUUGAAUUCGAUGAGGAAAUUGCUCAAUUGUCUGAAGAGCGCUAUGAUGUGGAAGUGAAAGCAAAAUUUAAGGAAAUUUUUCUUCUCACGCUCAAUCAAGAGCUGAUGAUAUUGAAAGAUUUUGAGCCAAUGGAAGAAAUAUUGAUGGAUGACGUUGAAAGAAAAGGAACGGAAGUUAAACAAUUGUCUCUUCGUCUUUCAAAUUUAAAUGCCGAGGUUGAGAUUCAGAAGAGAAUGAUUGAAGACUUACAAGAUUUAUGUAAAAAGAUAGAGAUAAGAUUUAAAUCACAUCUUGUAGACAACAAAUUCGCGGCAUUCUUGCGAAAAAUUUUUAGUCGACAUCUCACUGAAGUAGAUCAUCAUGAGAAUGAUGAGACAGAGGACAAUUCCGCUGAAUCACAAACAUCGUCAGCAUUAUCAACAUCCUCUUCAUCGUCCACGAUUUCAACAUUAUCCAAGGAUGUUAAAAUGAAAAAACUAGAUGAAAGUAUAUGUCCUAAGGGAUGUGAACGUAAACUGUACGAUCUAACAUUCAAAAUGCGCCGUGAACGACAUGAGCAUGAACGAAUUAUUAAUGGAAAACAAAAAGAUCUCGAAGCAAUUCUAAUGGAUUAUGAAACAUUGAAUCAGAAGCUAGAAAAGUCGAAAGCUGAUUACGAAAAGUACAGAUCGAAACUGUCAAGUUUGCGUCAUCACAAGCAGACAUUACUCAACGAUGUUGAUACGAUUGUCAUGCUUAAAAUGGAUCAAAUGCAGUACUUUAAAAAUCCUGAAGAGUUUAUUGAUAUUGAUAACACUUUACUGUUCAAUAAACAAAAUGUCAUGCGACUUUAUUCGCGUGUUAACAAAUUGGCAGAUGAGACAAUUGAAGCAAAGCGAAGUCAUCGAAUAAAUGUUGUUCAUCUUGCCAAAAUGAAAACAGACAUUCAACUAAUGGAGAAGCAAAUUGUUGAUUUGAAAGAUAGCGUGAAUCAAGCAAUGUUGAAGAAAUUCGGUCGUGUCAUUGAUUUGAAUGAGGUUGAAGAGACAAUUUUGAGACGAUUUGCGUUUGAAAUGCAAAUUGAAAUCCGCUCUAAUGCUGAGGACAUAAAGAAGCAGUACUUUAGCAAAAUUAAUGAAUUGAAGAGAAUCCGAAUCGAUAAACAGAAGGAACUGAGUCGUGUUCUGCAAGGAGCAACAGAGAAGCUUAACAUCCUUACAGUUCUAGAAGAGGAACGAAACUUCCUGAACAAAAUAAUUUCGAUGCAAACAAAGAAGAAGGAAAUGUCGACACUUUUACACCAGCAACAGCAACGUGAAGAAAUUGGAAGUGAUUUAGAUAAAUUGAAGGAAAUUAGCUAUCAUCAGAAGGAGCAAAUUGAGAUGCUCCAAAGAGAAAUCCGUGCCUUGAGCUUAAAGACUAAAUCAUUUGUUGAUGCACGUCAGGAAUAUGAUACGCUCGAUUAUAGUAUACGUCAAUUGCAUGGUGAAUGUCGUCCAUUUGAGGAUUCAAUUUGUUCAAAUGUCGAUGAAUCAAUUAUGUCGUCGACUCGUGCAUCGUCACCUGAUGAAGUUUUCAUUGAAAUAUUAAAAGCUGUGAAGAAGUUUUUAUCUGAAAACUUUAAAUUUGCAUCUUGUAAUGAUCGUGACGUUGAGAAUAUUGCAAUGAAAAUUUCAAAAUACGUUCACCAAAUGACACUUGAAUUCAAUUCAUCAUCAGAUGUGUCAGACGAGAUGUUAUCGAGAGUAAUUGAAAGAUUCAAAUCAUUCUUACCAUCGAGUGCUGAAAUUCUGAAUGAAAAUAAGAUUUCAUCAUUCAUUGCGCAAAUUUUGAAGAAUAUUAAUGAGGACGUAGACGAGAAUCACAUUGAAAUUCUUCGUGAGAUUAUCAAUAAUACAAUUGAGUCAGCAAAUCAGACUGCAAUAUCAUCUAAUUCAUAUCUGCAGCAUCUCCUAACAGAAAUAUUCAAAAUGAUUAUUAUCACACUGCGAGUUCCAGAAGACAUUGGUGAGAAUGAAUGCAUUACUGAAAUUUCAAUACGAUUAUCACGUCUGAAUGGCGUUAGUACGAGACAUGUGGUAAUUGAAGAGAUUCUCGAAGACAUCUUGGAUUAUGCGGUGGAAAAUUUAGAGGAAGGAAUUGAUGCUGAUUUGUUGAAAAAGAUUCUUCAGAAAAUUAUCGAAAAAUUGUGAAUCGAACGUUCCGCUUUUUAUUUUCAAUAAACUGUGCAACUUGAAAGUUUUUUCAUUUCCAAGUGUGAGGAUUAAAUAGUGUAGAGUUUUGGAUUUAGUAUGUUUGAGUUCAUUGAUUGGAGUUUAUUUAUUGUAGUUUUGUGUGCUGAACAUUAUUUUUCAAUGUUUUGAUAUAGCUUUCCCGAAUAGCACAAGUCGGUUAAUCGAAGAAAAAAAUCUGGCAUGACUUUGCCAUGGUUCUGGCUUUGAUUUAAAUCGAGCAGUAUGCCAGCGUCACACCGGCUUGGUGAUUGAUUUCUGAUCGAUUAACUUACUUUGGGCAUUCGGGUUUGAUUUUCAAACAUGACUAAAUGAUCCUGGCUGUUCUAGUAGCCAGCCCAUAAAUAAGUUUGAAUCAAGCUAGUCAUCAUGAAUUUAGCUUUUCUUUAGGCUGUUUUUUGUUUGGCAAUUGGCAAUUGACAAUUGGCUGAUUGCAAUUUUUUGGCCAUUAAAGUGAGAUUCUUUAGGAUUUAAUUGGAGCCUUAAUUGUAGUGAUUAAUUCAAAACAUCGAAAUAUUAUUUUUGUCAUCAUGUUCAAAAAAGUGUGACACCAAGACUGAGCUUAAAAAGACACGUCUUUAAAAUUUACAUUAUUCACCUUUAAGAAAUCAAUAAGUUAAUCCAAUAAAAAU